GCCUCUUGGACAUUUUUUGGCAUCAGGAACCGACAGGAUGGUUGCAGCUGGGUUGCAGAUUCUGGGCAUGGUCUUGGCCCUCAUCGGCUGGGUCGGCACCAUUGUGGCUUGCGCCAUCCCUCAGUGGAAGGUGACGGCUUUCGUUGGUCAGAACAUCGUGACGGCGCAGACCUCCUGGGAAGGCAUCUGGAUGAGCUGCGUGGUCCAGAGCACGGGCCAGAGGCAGUGUAAGAUCUACGACUCCAUGCUGGCGUUGUCCCGGGACAUGCAGGCCGCCCGAGCCCUCAUGAUCGUCUCCAUCCUGCUGGGGGCCAUCGGCGUGCUCCUCGCCAUCCCCGGCGGCAAGUGCACCAACUGCGUGGAGGACGAGGCCAACAAGGCCAAGAUCAGCGUGGCAUCCGGAGUCUUCUUCAUCAUCGCCGGCGUGCUGUGCCUCGUCCCCGUUUGCUGGACGGCCAACACCAUCAUCAGGGACUUCUACAACCCCUUGACCAUGGGGGCGCAGAAGAGGGAGCUGGGCGCGGCUCUGUUCAUCGGCUGGGGUGCCGCCGCCCUGCUGCUCUUGGGCGGUGGCCUGCUCUGCGCUAACUGCCCCCCCAAGGAUAAUUACUCUGCCAAGUACUCUGCUCCCCGAUCGACCGCGCCCAAGGACUACGUCUGAGAAGAGAGCUCAAAAACAAGAGACUUGAACCACUCGGGUCCACGGAAACACUCCCUUUUUUUCAAGUUACAUUUGUGUCGAUGAUGAGGAGUCUGUGACGAAGAGCUCCAGUGUUUGUGUUGAGUUGUGUCUUUUAGCAUUUCAUUGUUUGUCUUCUGCUUUGUUUGGAAUUGUAAAUAAAACAUUU